AUGGUUCAAUCUUCAGUGACUUCAUUACCUGCCUGCCAAAAUCUUUGUGCCAGUACUCCAGGAUGUCAAGCCAUUGAAUGGGUUCCUAAUAACGGCGUAGGCUCGCAAUGUUUCACAUUCACUUCUUCAGCUGUUCCGACUAUCAGCGCAUCUGGAAUUAACCAUUACAUUUGUUCAGGGACUACCGCGGUCACAUCAACUCCAGGUUGUUCGUGGACUACAUACACCAACCUACAAAUGUUCGGAGGAGUGGUACAACCUUCAGUGACUUCAUUACCUGCCUGCCAAAAUCUUUGUGCCAGUACUCCAGGAUGUCAAGCCAUUGAAUGGGUUCCUAAUAACGGCGUAGGCUCGCAAUGUUUCACAUUCACUUCUUCAGCUGUUCCGACUAUCAGCGCAUCUGGAAUUAACCAUUACAUUUGUUCAGGGACUACCGCGGUCACAUCAACAUCAGGUUGUUCGUGGACUACAUACACCAACCUCCAAUUGUUCGGAGGAAUGGUUCAAUCUUCAGUGACUUCAUUACCUGCCUGCCAAAAUCUAUGUACCAGUACUCCAGGAUGUCAAGCCAUUGAAUGGGUUCCUAAUAACGGCGUAGGCUCGCAAUGUUUCACAUUCACUUCUUCAGCUGUUCCGACUAUCAGCGCAUCUGGAAUUAACCAUUACAUUUGUUCAGGGACUACAGCGGUCACAUCAACUCCAGGUUGUUCGUGGACUACAUACACCAACCUCCAAUUGUUGGGAGGAAUGGUUCAAUCUUCAGUGACUUCAUUACCUGCCUGCCAAAAUCUUUGUGCCAGUACUCCAGGAUGUCAAGCCAUUGAAUGGGUUCCUAAUAACGGCGUAGGCUCGCAAUGUUUCACAUUCACUUCUUCAGCUGUUCCGACUAUCAGCGCAUCUGGAAUUAACCAUUACAUUUGUUCAGGAACUACAGCGGUCACAUCAACAUCAGAUUUCAUACUUUCCACAAUAUCUUAA